AUGGCCGAGUUUAAGCUGCAACAUACCUUACGACGUCACGAAGACGCCAUUCAUACAUUGGCCAUUAGUCUCAAGUCGCGCACUCUAUUGAGCGCCGGUCAGGAAGGUCUGAUAUUAGCCUGGAACUUGCAAAGUGGCGAGAUUGAACAGGAAAUCGACUGCUGUUUCCACGGGCCCGUAGCUUGUGUCAUCUGGCUUUACCAGAGCGAUACGGAGCCUCGUGCCUUCGCCGCUGGUUUCGCUGAUGGCACAGUGCACGUCUACGAAAGGACAUCCACAAGUAGUGCGUUUCAGUUUUCAAACAUGGUCCGUGCUCAUGAUGGACCUGUGGAGAACAUGUGUUGGGACCCCACGCGCAGUCGUCUUGCCACAGUUGGCGCCGGCUCAGUUCAAAUCUGGUCCUGGACAAAUCGUGCCUUUACUGCUCUUAUUGAAGAUCCUCCGCGAAAGCCAUACAUCGCCAGGACUGUUCAUUUCCUCGACAAAGGCGCCAGCGUCCUUGUAUCGUACCUCGAGUCUCAUGAACUCCAUUGUUACGGGAUUGAACCGUGGAGCUUGAAGUGGGCAAGGCCUCUGCCUACUCGGAUAGGUGACUCCUGUCUUCCUGACGUAGGAUCCUUUCUUUUUGUGUCAAACCUGAAAAACGGCGUGGAUAAAUACGCUAUUCCGACUCUGGAACGGAUCGAGAGCUUUCCGCACCCCAUUCUUCGUAACGCGAUCGUGCAACUCGCUUUUGCCCCCGUCGCUGAUCUCUUGAUUGCGGGGGGAGAUGACGGCUUCGUUCGUGUAUUUGACCACCGAACGGGAAAGUUUAUGCAACGUGUCAGUCAUACCCGCAGUGGAAGCGAAGUACGUACCAUCACGUGUGCCGAGGACGAGACAAGUUGCGUCCUUGUUAGUGCUGCUAGUGCUCGCAAGCAUGCCUGCGAUAUAAAGGUGUGGUCAUUGGAACGUAACACGGCAGACCCGUCAGCGACAAAGAGCCAUGCAUCUAAUACGCAGAGUACGGGCUUCAGGUCCCGCAAUUGUGCAACAGCGUUGUUGCUGGGUGUCGUCGUUGUCAUCUGCUCGGCGUUGAUAACGAUGCUCAUGCUGUACUGGGUCUUUCUAUCUUCAGAGGACCUAAAACCUCUUGUGAUGGCUUUGCUUGAGGCUUUGCUUCUGCGCCUCAAGCAUCUUACGCAGGAUGCGUCCACAAUCUCUGAGUGGCCCACCGAGUGA